CACUCUCAGUGCGUGUGCGUCUGCUCGGGACAAAACCGCACGCAGCUGCUUUCAUUACCACCAGUACUGGAGACUCCACGAGCAGGAAGGGGAGCUCGCACUGCUUGCUGCAGGGAUCUUAGCUUAGAUGGACUGAUAAUGAACACAUAGGUGGUAGUUACAAGUGCCGUUUUGUGGAGAAAAAACUUGUUAAUCCUUACAGCCAGCGGGUUUUUAAUGUGUUUCAUGUGUUUGCGCUCAACAGUGAGGUAGACCUUAAUCGAGCACAUUUUUACAGGAGUAUUGGCGUGAGAUUUAACCGGUGGAUGCAGCUGUCGGGGUCGGUGUCUGAGCCCUGCAGGAGCAGCCUGUCAUAGGGCAGCAUGGUCUCUCUGGUUCUUCACAAGUGGAUGGGGAAUAUUUCACCGGAGAUGCUGCUGUUGGUGCCGAUUUUGUGGUUUUUACCUCUGACUGGAGCGGCUCCUUCUCAGACUAACGAGCAGCUGGACACCGGGGUGGACUGGCUGAGUAAGUUUGGCUACCUCCCGCCCCCUGACCCAGUGACUGGUCAGCUUCAGACCAAGGAGGCUCUAACCAAGGCCAUCAAAGCCAUGCAGAAGUACGGAGGGCUGAAAGAGACCGGAGUCUUAGACCAAGCCACACUGGGACUAAUGACUACACCCAGAUGUUCCCUGCCAGAUGUUUCUGACACCGAAUUGACAGUGGGCCGCAGGAAACGAAGCCCGACACCCCAGAACAAAUGGAAUAAGAGGCAUCUAUCCUGGAGAGUGAGGACAUUCCCCAAGGACUCUGCUUUGCUGGGCAGGGACACAGUCCGAGCCCUGAUGUACUACGCCCUGAAGGUCUGGAGUGACAUUGCGCCGCUAAACUUCCACGAGGUGGCCGGCAGUGAUGCGGAUAUUCAAAUUGACUUCACUAAAGCCGACCACAACGAUGGAUACCCCUUUGACGGGCCGGGGGGCACCGUGGCACACGCAUUUUUCCCCGGGGAGAGGUUCACUGCUGGGGAUACACACUUUGACGAUGACGAGGCCUGGACCUUCAGAUCUCCAGAUACUCAUGGGAUGGAUCUGUUUGCGGUUGCAGUCCAUGAGUUCGGUCACGCCAUCGGCCUGGUCCACACCUCAGCCAUAGAGUCCAUCAUGAGACCGUACUACCAGGGUCCUGUAGGAGAUCCUCUGAAAUACGACCUACCGUAUGAAGACAAGGUCCGCGUCUGGCAGCUCUACGGUGUCAGAGACUCGGUGUCCCACACAAACCGACCAAGCAACCCCUCGCAGACGGCUGAACCUCCGGUACUGCUGGACCUCCCUGAAAACAGAUCUACUCUACUGCUGGCUCGUGAUGCCCCAGACAGAUGCACCAGCCACUUUGAUGCAGUGGCCCAGAUACGAGGAGAGGCCUUCUUUUUCAAAGGAAAGUACUUCUGGCGACUAACAAGAGAGAAGCACCUGGUGUCCCUGCGCCCCGCUCAGAUCCAUCGCUUCUGGAGGGGCCUCCCCCCCAAUCUGGACAGUGUGGAUGCUGUGUAUGAGAGGCCUGGGGACCACAAAAUAGUAUUUUUUAAAGGUCUAAAGUACUGGGUAUUUAAGGAUAAUAACGUAGAGGAGGGCUACCCUCGUCCAAUCAGUGACUUUGGCCUACCCUUGGAAGGAGUAGAUGCAGCCUUUGUUUGGCUACACAACGACAAAACCUACUUCUUCAAGGACAACCUCUACUGGCGCUACGAUGACCACCUGAGACGUAUGGACCUGGGCUACCCUAAAGACAGCUCGCUCUGGAAGGGGCUGCCGCCACAACUGGACGACGCCAUGAGGUGGUCUGAUGGCUCGUCCUAUUUCUUCAAGGGGAAGGAGUACUGGCGAGUGCCGAGCAGCGACAUGGAGGUGGAGGCAGGAUACCCCCGCUCCAUCGCCAAGGACUGGCUGCUGUGCACCGAGAUGCAGGCAGACUCUCCGGACACCGAGUCCAAAAGCACGGAGAAAAGACUCAACGUGCAUCAGCCGGACCACGCAGAGAACGGAUUCGAGGUGUGCUCCUGCACCUCAGACUCCGCCUCGCCUUUAGGUGGCCGCCCCUCCCCAUCCCCCCUGUGGCUGCUGCCACCUCUCUGGACGCUCUCGCUGGCCCUCCGCUCUGAACUGCUAUGAUGCCAAAGCACGGGACAUGGUUGCUGAGCUGAUAGUUGGAGGGUCAAUGGACACUCAGUGCAAGCAAAAACUGGAAUAUUUUCCUCUCACAGUAUCAUUUAGUUCCUUUUGUGCUUAUUUGCUGUUAUUUAUUUUACAUGACAGAAGUAUUCAUCCUUAUGGACAUCAACCCAUAUCCAAAACUGACUGAAAUGCCUCAUUUCUUCAAGAACCAAGGUCAUAGAAUUGUAUUCCAAGAGUAAUCGUUUGUGUUUAUGUGCAGCAGGUUUAACUCAGCAUGGCCUCGUACAGACAUGUUAGUUUUCAUCCUGAGCUGCAGACAGGCUUUAUUACAGAGUCGCCAAAAUUCGGUUACAAUUAUUUCAAAUUAAAAAGUAGAUGGUUCAAUUUUCUGCCUACCCCUUAAACGGUGGAUGUAAGAGGAAUUUGUACGUGUUGUUUAAAACACUGAAAAAUGAAUUCUGAAAAAAAACAUGCAGUACAGAGAGUCGCAGGGAUAUUUGAAGUUAUAAAAGUAAUGUUUGUUUACUUGGCUGUGUGCACCACUAACACUUUCUUUCACCUAACAUUAAAUGUGCAAAACAAUACUGCGAGAGCGGUAAGGAUGGACUUUGUCAGCACUCUGAAGUGAGGAACUGCUGCUCAUGUACUUAUUCAUCAUUUCCAACUCGGAUUCGGAAGCAUUCCUCGCUCGUAGUUUGGUUGUAUCUUUUAUAUUAAACUUAGAUGAAUAAUGUUCCUGUUUAUUCAACAUUGCAUUAAUCAGGUCAUAGAGUUUAUAGAGGUUUUGUUGGACAUUUACUUUAUCACCCCUAGCUCCUUCUGAAUAAUGAAAAUGACGCCCCUGGAUUUAUUCUUGCUGUAAAGAUAUAUUUACCUAUAGAAGGAUAUAUUUGAGUUGAACGGUUCUGCAGUUGAUGCAUAACCAAGUGGACUGUGUAUAUUUUAAGCUGUGUUUUCUAAUGUAAAAUAUUUUUGUAGAAAAAUAAAAAUGAAAUCUGAAUGAA